AUAGUUUAUUUUCCUCUGUUAGGUAGUGAGACCACCUUUCAACUGCAAAAGGCAAUUCUUUAAGAAAGUAGAAAGGCAUAGGAUCCAGGUAAAGGGCCUGGCCUCAAGUAAGGUCAGGUCCCUUUCCCCAGAGGGGCAGCAGAGAUGACAAGUGCAGAUCCAGUGUCGCUGGCAAGUGCUGAGAGUUCCUCUCUGAUCACUUCUGUUUUCUCAAAGGAAUAUCGGUGACUAUCAUGAGAAGAUUGGAUGCUGGCGCUUGUGGAGAGCUCGAGAAAAGAAGAAGAAAUGGCAAUAAAGAAGGCAACCAACAUUCCCCCCAGUCCAAAAGGAGUAAGAGAAACCCUGUCUUUCAGGAUUAUCAGGAUGCAGAGGUAGGAACUAUAGUCAGAUAACCUCUCUC